AUGCGUAAUUAUAGGAACGAAUUCGUAUAAUAGUUUAUUUUCGUUUUGAAAUAUUAAAGCAAAUCUAAACUAAUAAACUGUGAUUGUAUGUUGUAUUGCCUAGACACCCCAUGAUUCUCCAAAGAAGUCUACGCUCUAAUGUCAACGAUAUUGUGAAACUUGGCAGCCUUGUUAGUCAUUUUCGGCAGUCGAGUUAUUUUUUCGAGCAAAUUUUUUAGUGUGUAAUUUUAAUCGCCUUUUUCACUGUAAAACGUAUUGAAAUUAAUAAACCUAUGCUAAUCAUUAAGUUUAAUUAUAUGCGCGAAAGUGUAAUUUGUUUUUGGGUUCCAUUUUUAUAUGUUUUGAAAAUAAACAAGAAAUAAAAAACAGUCAUACCUGUCCCAUUAAUCUACACAUUGUUGUUGUUGUGUUAGCUGUCGACGUCGCGGUCUGCCAUUCUAUUCUUCGUGUUAUUGCUUCAGUCGCGGUGCUCUGCGCUGUUUAUAUCAGUGCUGUAGGGAAAAACAUAAUCUGCUGACAUUGUAGCUAAUAUUAUUUUUAUAAAUAAUUUAAUUGCUAUAUGGUUGCUUCCUGUGCUAUACAAAUCAAUAGAAAAAACAUUUCCGUAAUAUUUGACAACUGUGCAAACAAUAUCUGACAAGAUUUAUGUUCCAAACUUAACCCAAUAAGAUUUAGCAAAAUAAAUUUUUUGAAGUUUUCUUAUAUUAAACGAAACGAGUGUCAUUAGAGAAUGGAAAUGAUUCAGCGCGUGGGUGAAUGUGGAAUACCUGCAACGGCGGAUGAAUAAACAAAAUUAAUUUUGGCAAGCAUCAAAGCGUAAUUAUUUGCUUUAACUACUCGGCGAGAAGAAAGCCAAGUAUCUGCGCUCUCAAGAACAAAUUGAGAAACAUUCAAGUUGAAGCCGCCUUCUCUACACAUCACAUUGAACUGGCGCCAAUCGCAGUGAAAAGGAAGACUUUACAGAAGACACGAUCCUGGAGAAGGAGAAAACAUACACAACACAAGCAACAACAACCAUAAUAACAAAAGCAAAAUGUCACAGCCACUAAUCGUCCAAGCCGAAUACUCUUUCAAGGGAGGAAAUAAUGACGAACUAUGCUUUAAGAAAGGCGACCUCAUCACAGUCACUCAGCGCGAGGAGGGUGGCUGGUGGGAGGGCACACUUAACGAUAAGACUGGCUGGUUUCCCAGCAAUUAUGUAAACGAAUACAAAGCACCUUUGCCACUCACAGAAACGAUACGACCACCAGAGGAGAUACAAGAGUAUCGUUCGGUUGUACUAAAAGAUCUGCUCGACUCGGAACGCGCACAUGUUGCCGAGGUACAAGGUUUGCUAGAGAAUUUUCUCGAUCCGUUGCAGCAGACACAAAUACUCAACGCAGACGAAUAUGCGCAGUUGAUGUGUAAUUUCGUGGAAGUCGUUAAAACACACGAAGAAUUACUCAAGCACAUGGAGGAGUGCAAUGAUCGAGUCGGUAAAUUAUUUUUAACAAAAGCGCCACUUAUGAAACAAGUGCAUCAGGCCUACUGUGCCGCCCAUCCGAAGGCGAUAGUUAUACUCGAUAAGCACAAAGAUGAAUUGGAAAGAUAUAUGGAGCGUCAAGGCGCUGCCUCGCCUGGACUGUUGGUACUAACGACUGGCCUUUCGAAACCCUUUCGACGGCUCGAUAAAUACUCCGCCAUGUUGCAGGAACUCGAGCGCCACAUGGAGAGCAGUCAUCCGGAUAGGGGAGAUACGCAGCGCAGUGUUGCGGUCUACAAAGAUAUUGCGGCGGCUUGUUCAGCCACGAGGCGCCAAAAGGAACUGGAACUUCAGGUGUUGACUGGACCAGUGCGUGGUUGGCAGGGACAAGAGCUAAGUUCCUUAGGUGAUAUUAUACACAUGGGAAGCGUUGCUGUUGGGCCCGAUCAUCGUGAUCGGUAUUUUGUGCUUUUCCCGCACACUUUGCUGAUACUUAGUGUCAGUCAACGAAUGAGUGCCUUUAUAUAUGAGGGAAAACUGCCACUCACAGGCAUCAUUGUGAAUCGCCUCGAGGACAGCGACACCGUGAAGAAUGCCUUUGAAAUCAACGGUCCUCUAAUAGAACGUAUCGUUGCUGUGUGCCAGGGGCCCAACGAGGCCAAUAGAUGGGUGGAGCUUUUAACAUCAGCUAAUCCAACAAUGCCAAUCGGCAUUAAACGUCAAUUAAGCAAUUUAAGUAAUAAAUCAAUGACCGGCAGUGCGCCACAACCACCACCGCAUAACCCUCAUAUCUUAGAUUCGCGCGGUUACAGUACACGUUUCUCGCUCUGCGCGUACUACGCUGCUCCUCCAUGCAAACCAUAUCGCAUAACAUUGCCUCCGAGUAACUACCCGCCCACCGCACCCUAUGCUAACCUAAGUGCACACUUUGCCAAACUCGUAAAGGCGGGUCGAUUGAAAAGUAAUUUAGUGAAAUUGUUGCUCUAUCCGCAAGCACGGCAAAGUAUCGACCUAAAGUGUAUACCGAUGCGUAAAAAACGCGACCACAAAUCCACGGCAAAGGGGUCAAAAACCGGCCAUCAUGAAAUAGAGUAUUCCAACUCCUCAGAGCGCUCAGAAUUGGAACGACAAGAUGCCUUUGAAUUACCCACAGAUUCCGAGAGUGACGCAGAAGAAGAGGACGAUGAUUAUGAGAAGUAUUCGGAUUGUGAUUCCACGCCUUACGAAUACGUUAAAUUCCAUGCGAAUCGGCGUGACUCGAUUGAACCAUCAGGUGAAAAGCGCUGUGAGCCGACAAUGCGGAAGGAGCGUCACUGCUCAUCAAUAAAUCUCAUAAAAUUAGACACGGAUAGUAGCGAUAGUGGACAGCUCGAAGUAGCGGCGUCAGGUCCUUUACAAAAGGAAUCCCUCAUUAUCGGCUCAAAAGCCAUGCAAGCCUUGGUACGCAAGUCAACCGAUAGUAUUAUCAUUCACACAACAACAGCGCAUCUGGAUCUGAGCUCUGGCGGCGGCUUUGCCAGUUGUCUAGAGGAGUUGUCUGAAGACACAACGAGUCUGCAACAAAGUUUGCUUCAUCAAACCUCCCAAGCAUCUCAAGGUUCUUCCGUUUUUGGAGGACGACUAGGCGGUGCUUAUGUGGCAUGUGAGAAUCUGGCAAAAAUGUCAGAUGAAACAAAAAUAAAAGUCAAUGCUCAUGAUUCCUCCAUCGAAUCACCACCAGAACGGCAUAGUAUGCCAAACUUAUUUGUAGGCAAUCGCUUCAAUCGCAGCUCGAAGACUGCAGUCUAUGUACCAACUUGGCAGGAUCGUAAGGAGGCACACAAUUUGAGCGUGGAUGCCUUGAAGAAUGAAAGCGUAGUUAGUGACAAUGCAAAUGCAGAACUUAGUUAUGGUAAUGACGACGACGAUGAUGAUGUUGACGACGUGACGCAUUCCAGUACUCUAGACUUGCCAGCUGAGUUUUUGACAGCGCCGGACAAAAUGCAGGCGGAGUUGUUGUACAAUUUCGAUGAGAGCUGCUUGGAGAGACAAACAAUUGCGGAAGACUUCGACGACAUUAUAUCACCACCUACCAUGUUCAAACCCCAGUUCCUAUUCAAUCAAAAUGUUGUACAGGAGCAACGAGAAAAAGCUGUGUCGAAAAAUGAGCAAUGCGAUAACUUUGCAGCCAUGCAGAGCAGCCAGUCGACGACCGAACUCUAUAUUGAGCCGCAACGUGCCAGCGGUGAUAGGAACAGCAGCAAACAAGAACGGCCGUCCUCAAUUAGGCGCUGCAUAAGCUAUCAAUAUGUGCAUAUGUCCAAUGAGCAUGUGGGCGAUAGCACGACGGAACCCAUUGCCAGCGGAAGCGGAAGUAGUGGCAAUCAAUCUAUUGGAAACUCAAGUAAUAAUAACAACAUUCCGAAGCGGUAUGCGCAUAGUACUCAGCAGCCAUCACGCGCUUCAAGCACAAAAUGCAAAUGCUGCGAGAGUUCGCAGUGUCCGAGUCCACGUUCCAGCGACUCGGGCAUGGCUGGCAGUUGCACUAUAACUUCACCCGAUCCACCACUCAUUAACGACACGCAAUUUGGAAAUUACUACAUCGGCGAAGUAUUACCCAUGCCAGAAACAACUAAUUGUGCCACCGACGAUAUGAAUGAUCUCACGCGAUUCGAUGUUUGUGGCAUGUUUCGCGCAAAAUUUCUUACGCCCGAAGCUACGCAAGAUCUUACAGACAAUGCAGCUGAAAGCGGUGCUGAGCAUAAACAACGACAAUAUGGCAUCGCCCCAACCACAAGUGCAGCGAUUAAGAUGGCGCCCCUCUCAACAAUAACAACGGCCGAGUUGGAAAUAUCCGCAAGCAGCACGACUAUCAAUUCGGUGGCAAGCAAUUCCAGUCACCAGCUGAUGACUGGCAGUGUUCCAAACAUGCAGUUCUCGUCAAGCCUUGAUGACACAGAUACGACAGCCGGUGCGAGUACGGUAGACGGACGACUGUUUCGUUCCGGCAUGUAUGCGCACUGGUGGAAGAAGGAGAAACUGCCGCCAGCAGUGGUGCGCGGUAUUGCCAAAGCCUUGCAAUUGUCGCAACCUAGCAAGGAUUCGCGUUGCUCGAUGUGUUCCAGUUGUACGAGCUGUGUGUCGGGCGGCGGUAGUGGGUUCAGUGAAGGCACCGAUUACUCGUCUCUUUGUCGUGAAUGUGUCUGCUUUUGUAGGCGCAAUUCUGGGGCGCCCAGCAAUACAAACACUACCACUACAACUUCGGUGGUGAACUGUCCUUUGUGCUCCGCGGACGAUGAUGCUGCAACUGAUGCGCAAGGCUCCCCAGGUCACAGCGAUCGCUUAAGUCGUAUGUCCUUCAGCAAUGGUGGCGCUAUUACGGCCACCACUACUAGCACUUCAACUGUUUCCAGCCCGACUAGCUCACUGGAUUGUCCCGUUUGCAGAGGCCUCAUAGCGUGUGGCGAGUCAACGAGUUCUAUUCGGAUAGUGGACACAGCUGUUGAAAAUUCUGUUGAUAGCAGCAGCUCUUCGUUGAUGAAUAACUCGAAUUCCUCCAGCUCUGCUGCGGUUGUAGAAGAUGUCCCCACCUGCGAACCUCAGCUUGCUGGCAGCGGCGCAACGCACAAACUCCCAAAGUUCAGCAGCGGCGGCGGGGUCGAUGGCAACGUCGCUGUCGCAUCCGUCACAACACAAACGGAGCCUGUCGUUCAACCACCACCUCAGCUACAAUCAAUACACGCACACUCAGCCUCAACCACCUCAUCAUCAUCUUCCACCACCGCAACCAAAUCAACCAAGUCAUCCGGUGGCACCAAACCACAAAUCAAAUUUAGCCCAGACAUCGAGCAGUAUUUCAAAGAGCCAGCAACACCAAGCGGCAGUGGCGGGAAGCAUGGCAGCAACCACAAACGCAAGGAUAGGAAACACAAAAGCUAAUUGGAGUAUAACGAAUCUGCGUCCGGCGCCACCUUUGCGUCCCAAUUUGUUGAGCACGUCUGCGCAUGGCAGCAGCGGUGUCACUAGCGGCAG